CUGUCAUCCAUACAUCCGAGUCUAUCAGCUCACGACGCCAGACCGCAGAGUGAUGCGACGGGGCUUGGCGGUCUCAAUGAAACCCCCCGCAAACGGAGUACAUACAGUAGUGUUCUCGGUUCCGGGGAACUGGGCCACGCCUGUGGCACUGUAACCUUGGUUCCUACAAGCCAGGGUUCUGCCGCUUACUGUGUAUACUCCAAACUCGCCCUACCCAUGGCCCAUGGGGCGAUGGCAAUGCGCUGACGACAAGAUCGCAACCGCAUACUCGGCGAGUUCUGCACGCUUGUCGAAUUGCUCAAAGGCAGGAAUCGGAACAAACAGCAGGACGGAUCGCGACGUGCCGUUUGUGUGCCGCCGGGACCUGGGGCACGAGGAGCGGAAAGGGAUGCCAUGUUUGGGUGACAGUCGGAGGGCGCCUGCAGCGACCUGCCCACUGCAAUCCCGUACAAAUGAGGUAUGCCGGACGAGCCUGUUUGCUGCGGUUUUCCAAGGCAACCGCAGCAAAGAAUCGGCGCCUCUACCAACGUCAGAUGUGUUCCUUCGGCUUUGAUAGAUGCGGGUUGCCUCGUUCCUCCGUCAGGAUGAUGCACUUCACGCACAUCCGAGCCGGGUUCCCUCUUUCGAAUCCUCAGCUGAAGCCGUCAGUGUCGCGAGGAUUCCGCUCCUCUUUCCUCGUCUUCAAAUUCCGAGUCGCAGCGGACAUCCAGCCCGAGCAUGUUUUACACGCCGUCUACCUAGUUGGUGAGGUUUCAACUCCCUUGCGAGUGCGGUUGUUUAAUGUCCUGCAAGUCGCUCCCCUCCCCAACAACGCGGCAUAUCAACAGGGACUAGGUCCGAGCCUCGGCCCCCGCUGCAGCCUCGUUCCCGAAGCCAAUUGUCGGCCGGUAAGACUCGAGGGUCGACGCUGCCAUCUGGAAUCCGGUCGUCGCGACCUUUUACCAGAGCGGGGCCAGCUGUAGCGCUGCUUCUCCUGCGCUAGGUCACUCUUCCCUUCUGACUACGGCGGCUCGCUUGUGCGAGGUGAUGUUCACGGCGGCAUUAUAUUCAGACAUAUCCUGCGCAGCGUUCGUGAAGGAUCAGCUGGGAAUCUUGGUGCGCCGCCUCUCAAGUUUCGUGUCCCAUCUCCCCUAUCAACGCCCUAGCUAAGCAUGCAGGAA